CCCGCGAGCUUGACGGGCACUUAUGUAAACGGGGUGAGCCCGUACCCGUUUAUGUGUGUAUAACGAUUUAACGGGUUAAUACAGGGUAUACCCAUUAAGGACCGUUUAUAAAUGGGCGUAGCUCAAAUAUAAAUGGGCUGCCCGUUUAUUUUUUUUUUCUUUUACAGUUAAUGAAACGACGAUGUAUGACAUCCCCCUACUCUCAUCAAGCUGUCGUCGGUUCUCUUCUCUCUUUUGACCUUGACACCGUCUCACUUUGAAUCGAGAAAUCUGAGAGAUCGAGAGAAGGGUUUCACGCCGUCGUCGAUUUCAUCCUCCUGAGAAAUCGAGAGAAGGGUCUCAGUGUCUCACGCCGUCAUCGGUUUCAUCCUCCUGAGAAAUCGAGAGAAGGGUCGCAAUCUCAAUUGAGAGAAGGAUGGAUUUAGAGAGUCUCAACACAAUUGCAAUCCUUGAUGCUCAAAGGGAGUACAUGGACAUGAAUGAAGAAGAUGCUUUGAAUGAAGAAAAUGCUUUGAAUGAGGAAAAUGAGGAAAAUGCAAUGAGAGAAGGAGAAACAGAAAUGCAAGAACCAGAACAAGGUGACACACAAGCUGCUGGAACAACUCAAGCGACACAACCACAAGGUCGACAACCACGUAAGAGACGUUUAACUUCUAAAGUCUGGGAGGAUUUUACAUCUGUUGGGGUUGAAAGUGAUGGCAAGGAAAGAGGUCAGUGUAACUAUUGUGGUAAAAAGCUAGUGAUCAAUACUAGAACACAUGGUACACAUCACUUGAGUCGCCAUUUAGACACUUGUCCAGAAAAGCCUAAAGCGGUAGAUAGGCCUGCAUAUGAUCAUCAGAUUGAUAGAGAGAUGACUAGCGAGAUCAUUAUCUAUCAUGAUUUGCCAUUUAGAUAUGCUGAGUAUGAGAAGGUUAGAGCUAAGGAUUUGUAUCUCAAUCCGGAUUGUAAACCAAUAUGUAGACAAACUGCUGUCGCUGAUGUCUUUAGAAGGUAUGAAAUAGAAAAGGAAAAGCUUAGGAAUGUGUUUGCAAAGCAUCAGGGUAGAGUUUGCUUUACUUCUGAUUUGUGGGUAGCUCUUCCCACUACCAUGGGUUAUCUCUGUCUGACUGCCUCGUUCAUCGAUGAUGACUGGAGGUUGAACAAUAAGGUCUUAGCCUUCUGCGUUGCGAGGUGUCCACACACUGGCGGGGAACUUGCUAGCACGAUCAUUGAGUGUUUGAAGGAUUGGGGUUUGGAGAAAAAAGUAUUCUCUUUCACUUUAGAUAAUGCGACCAACAAUGAUAGUAUGCUGAGAAUACUUAAAGGGCAGCUUCAGAUGAUGAGUGGCAGUGGUUUGUUAUGUGAUGGGAAGUUCAUGCACGUGCGAUGUUGUGCUCACAUCCUAAAUCUGAUAGUGAAAGAUGGGUUAGAGUUAGCAAAGAACCUUUUACAUGACAUUAGGGAAAGUGUCAGGUACGUAAAGGCAUCUCCACAAAGGAUACAGUCCUUUGCUGCUUGUGUUGAGAGAGUUAGGCCUAGGAUCACGGGUGGAGCAGAUCUAUCACUUGACGUUUCAACUAGAUGGAACUCUACAUACGAUAUGCUAGUCCGGGCAUUAAAGUUCAGAGCAGCUUUUGAAAGCAUGGCCUCUUUUGACACCCACUAUAAGACGUUGCCUUCAGCCGCUGACUGGGACCGAGGAGCUAAAAUAUGCGAGCUGUUGAAGCCUUUUAGUGUCAUUACUAAAAUAGUGCUCCGAGCACCUAUACCCGAAGCUAUCCAGCUUAUUCCCUUUUUAGAGUAAAGCUGAUGGGGAAUAUCCUUCAGUGUAAGCCAAACCGGGAUAGUAGUAAUUUCAGGUAGUGCUAGUGUUCCAGCAGGAUUCCAAGCAGAGACAAAUAAAUUACUCCUUCAUUUUUCAACUUGAUUCACAUUCCAUUGAAGUAAUAAAUUUAAUACUUACUUUUACUAUUUUUGUCUUUUACAGUUUAACUAAUGCAUAUAAUAAAUCUAACUUUAACUUAAAAACGAAUGUAAAUGCAUAUUUAUAGGAAUUUUGCUAUUUUGAAUUAUGUAAAUGCUAGUGUAAAUCCAUAUUUACAGGGAUUUUAUA